AUGGCACAACCCUUGAAACGACAGCUGACAUUGGCAUUGCUUAAACCUGACAUUUGCGCCGAUGCCUCAUUGCCACCAAAGAUCUUCGACGCCAUUAGCGCAAACAACAUGAAGAUCCUCAAGCAGCGACAAGUGCUGUGGACGCAAGAACAAGCAGGUGCCUUUUACGCUGAGCACAAGGGCAAGUUUUUCUAUGAACGACUCUGUGGAUACAUGACAAGUGGUCCAUUUGAAGCAUUAAUAUUGGAGUCACCUAAUGCCAUCAAGGAUUGGCGAGCAUUGAUUGGUCCGACACACCCUGUUCGUGCACGGAUACAUCAACCCACCACGUUGCGUGCUCUCUAUGGAUUAACGGAUACACGGAAUUCUUUCCAUGGCUCAGACUCGGAUGAGACAGCAAGGAAUGAGAUCCAAUUCUUUUUUGGAGAAAAUGUAUAUAAGCAAUUGAAAUCUGAAAGGGAUUAA